AUGCAGAACUUGUGGACAAGCCUCUUCGCAUUUGUAACCGGCCAAUGGGAUCUCAUAGCCCCCGAUUGGAGAGGCCCGCCUCUCCAUGAAUCUCCUCUCCGUAAGCCGCCUAGCUGGUACCAGUACGUUCGGGCCAGCAAGUCGAGGACGAUUUACCCUGUGCAGGUGAUCCCCGACCUGACCCGCGGCGACGUCGCCAACCCUUCGGGCUUGAUCGACGGCGAAGGCGGGCCCACGGUAUUUGCUCGUAGCACAGCGGGAGAUGACGUUCCUUCCAUUACGGUCGACUUUGGACAAAACACUGUAGGUAUUAUUUCGAUUUCUUUUGCCGGGUCGUCUACUUCUGCUGCGGAUGGAACCGUAGGGCAUGAAGGUAAGAGAAAGGACCAAAGCAGCAGACCUGGAAUCAGGCUGGCCUUCUCCGAGACACUGCAGUUCUUGAGCAGCGUCAGCGACUUUUCGCGCUCAUAUAAUGGGGACACGAUCACGCCGGGCAGCGAUCAGAUCGCAGUCCGCGAAGAAGCGUACGUCUGGACUGCGAAACACGGGUGUCAGUACCCUGGUGAAGACGGCAAGGGACAGGUCUGCGCAGACGGCCUCCACGGAUUCCGGUACAUCCGCAUAUACCUCGACGCCCUCCCCUCGGACUCGCCGCACACAGUCCCCCAGGGCCAGGUCAAUAUCUCGUCCUUGUCCCUGGAGCUCUCAGCGUACCACGGCACGCCCGACACUUUUAGAGGCUGGUUCGAGUGCAGCGACGAGGAGCUCACGCAGUGGUGGUUCGAUGGAGUGUACACCAACGACUUGUGCGUGGACACGUUCCGCGGGGCGGAGGACGCGGAACCCCGGGGCGCGGCGAGCGAUACGCUCGAGGGAAAUGUUGUGAUUCACGACGCGCCGAAGAGGGAUCGGGACCCGUACGUGGGGGACCUUGCGGUUGCGGCGCUGACGGGCUAUGUUUCUCAUGGGAAGGGGGUGUUGAGCGAGGCGAGUAGGAAUGUCAUGAACUACACGCUUGCCCUCUUUGAUUACCCCCUCUGGUGGGUCGUCUGCAGCCACGACUACGUCUGGUACACGGGCGAUGUCGGAUACGUCUCGACCUACUACGCCAACCUCGUUGCCGUGCUCGACAGGUGGUACGUCUCCGUCACGGACCCGGAGACGGGCCUCGUGACGAAAGGGCUAAACGGCACUUCGGGUUAUGGGGACUACGCUUUCUUGCCGAGGCAGGGGCCCGUGACGUACUACAACGCGCUGUACGUCCUCGCGCUGCGGCGGGCGGCGGAGAUGGCGGCUGAGGUUGGGGAGGAAGGGGACGCGGAGAGGUGGGGGUCCAGGGCGGCCGAGGUUGCCGAGGCGCUGGCCAGGCGUAAUUUCGACGGGGCGGCCGGGGCGUUUUGGGACGGGACGGGCGGGGACGGGUCGUUUGUGGAGGCGCAUGCGCAAGAUGGGAAUAGCAUCGCUAUCCUCGCGGGCGUUGUUGGAACGGAGACGGCGAGGGGGAUUCUGGGGUACUAUGCAGGUGCCGCGUCGAGAACCUACGGCAACGCGUUUUACGACUCGGACGCGGUGGGCGAGGAGUUCAGUCAGAGGGUGUACGCCUUCAUAUCCUACUUUGAGAUGGCGGCGCGGUUCGCGUCCGGGGUCGGGGAGACGGCGGUGGAGGAGAUGAAGAGGUUAUAUGGGUGGAUGUCGAAUCAAGAUCCUCGUGUGACGUUCUGGGAGGGGAUCGGGCCCGGGGGAAGGCCGUACGAAGAUGGAUUCACGAGCAUGGCGCACGGGUGGUCUACGGGUGUCGUGCCGCUGAUGAGCGGGCACGUCCUCGGGGUGAGGCCUACGGGGCCCGGAUUCCGGACGUGGAGCGUCAGUCCGGAGGUGAGCGGGUUGCGGUGGGCGAGGGGCGUCGUGCCGACGCCCGAAGGGGACGGGAUCGGGGUCGAGUGGGAGGACUUCGGGGAUGGGGAUGGGCGGCAGUUUAGGGUCGUCAUCAGGGCUGGGGAGGGGACGAAGGGUGUUGUUGGUGUCCCUGUGAGGGCGAGGGAUGCGAUUGUGGAUGUGAAUGGGAGCGUCGUGUAUCGUGGGCGUGACGGGUUGCGGGCGAGGUUUGAGGAGGGGAGGAUUUGGGUUGACGUUGAAGGGAGAGAUUGUAUGCAUGGAAUAGUCAUUUCUGUUAGUCAAGUCCGAGAAGGCUUGUGA